GCCCAUCCCGGGACGUGCCCACGCCGCCCCACCCCUCCAGGCCUCGGACCUGUCAGCUCCGGGCCGUGCGUACCGUGCGGGGUUUGCAUUUCCUCCCUUGUGAAAAAUGCCAAAGAAAGCAAAGCCUGCAGGGAAUGGGAAGGACGAGGGGGCUGUUCCUUGUAAGCAGGUGAAAGUGGAGGUUGCUGCAGGCCUUUCUGCCUUAAAUUUUGACAGCCCCAGUAGUCUCUUUGAAAGUUUAAUCUCACCCAUCAAGACAGAGACUUUUUUCAAGGAAUUCUGGGAACAAAAGCCCCUUCUCAUUCAGAGGGAUGACCCUACGCUCGCCAAGUAUUACCAGUCCCUGUUCAAACUAACUGAUCUGAAAAGCCUCUGCUGCCAAGGGUUAUACUAUGGAAGAGAUGUCAAUGUCUGCCGGUGCAUCAGCGGGAAGAAAAAGAUUUUAAACAAGGAUGGCAAAGCUCAUUUUCUUCAGCUGAGAAAAGAUUUUGAUCAGAAAAGGGCAACAAUUCAGUUUCACCAACCACAGAGAUUUAAGGAUGAGCUUUGGAGGAUCCAGGAAAAACUGGAAUGUUACUUUGGCUCCUUGGUUGGCUCGAAUGUGUACAUAACUCCGGCAGGAUCUCAGGGCCUCCCUCCCCAUUAUGAUGAUGUUGAGGUUUUCAUCCUGCAGCUGGAGGGAGAGAAGCACUGGCGCCUGUACCCACCCACAGUGACCAUGGCACGAGAGUACAGCGUGGAACCCGAAGCCCGGAUUGGUGCACCAACACAUGACUUUGUAUUGAAGACAGGUGAUUUGUUAUACUUCCCCAGAGGGACCAUUCAUCAGGCGGAUACGCCUUCAGGACUGGCCCACUCUACUCACGUGACCAUUAGUACCUACCAGAACAAUUCAUGGGGAGAUUUCCUUUUGGAUUCCAUUUCGGGGCUUGUAUUUGACACUGCAAAGGAAGAUGUGGAGUUAAGGACUGGAAUUCCCCCACAGCUACUCAUGCAGGUGGAAACCCCAGCUGUUACAACAAGAAAAUUGAGUGGCUUUCUGAGGACUCUUGCAGACCGGCUGGAGGGCACCAAAGAACUGCUGUCAUCAGACAUGAAGAAGGAUUUUGUCAUGCACAGACUGCCCCCUUAUUAUGUGGGAGAUGGAACAGAGCUGUUGGCACCAGGUGGAAAGUUACCAAGGUUGGACAGCACAGUGCGACUGCAGUUUAAAGACCACAUUGUCCUCACAGUAGGGCCAGAUCAGGAUCAGUCUGAUGAAGCUCAACAAAAGAUGGUUUACGUCUAUCAUUCUCUAAAGAACAGGAGAGAAACACACAUGAUGGGAAAAGAGGAAGAAACAGAGACUCAUGGACUUCGCUUUCCUUUAUCACAUGUGGCUGCACUGAAGCAGAUUUGGAACAGUUCAGCUGUUUCUGUCAAGAACCUGAAACUUGCUACAGAUGAGGAAAAGGAGAGCCUCGUAUUAUCCCUCUGGACAGAAUGUUUAAUCCAAGUAGUCUAGUACCUUUACACAAAGAACUGCUGUUUUCUAUACACAGAGAAGGGAAGAAAUCUUCACCAAAGGAAGACUGGUUUCCUCGUGGACUCCCAGUGUUCAGAGCCAACACUGGUGGGAGGAAUGGUUCACGAAGAGCAGAGAAGCUGGCGCUUUUCCUCUCAGGACGAAUGGACACAAGAAGGAAGAACAGUAAAUUUCUAGGUGUCCCAGACAGUGAUAAAACCAUACUUCUGACAAGUUUAUUUAAUCCAGUGUGGUAGAAAAGGCACAACUCCAAUACAUGUAUCAUGUAGAAUUAAAUGUUAUUAACUUGGCAUUGUCUUAGUUCUUUGGAAGAAACAACUUGUUUAAAGAGCUCCUUAGCUCUAAAAAUAUUUUUUAACAAUUAAAAAUUAUGAAGAAAGUUUUUUUACAGUGAAAAUAUACAUAUCUUUGAGUAUACAUACCCUCUCCCCAUUAAAAUAAAGUUAUGCCUGUAACAUAAGUUUCAUUAAAUAAUACUGCCACACCUGUAAGAAGCACUCAACAUCUGUGGGUAUGAGGAGUUUCAAAUGCUGCUUAAAAGAUGACAAGAGCCUGAGAUUGAAGAAAAGAAAACCCAAUAUAUGUACAUGGGAAGACCAAGUCUCAGAGUAGGCAGGUCUUUCAGUCUAAACUAUUUACUGUUAUUUUACAUUCUAAAGUGCAUAGACGUUGAUAGUUUUUAAAAUAUCACGUGAAUUUUUGUAAAAAUAGAGCAUUUUUUUUCCUGGCAAAAGUUGGGCAUGAAAGUAACACCUGUGUCAAUUAAGUUUAAAUCCAUCCCUGGAGGACUGUGCUUCUGAAUUGUGCCAGUGGAGGUGGUGAUGAUCCCAAACCUAAUUGUGCUGAACUGUAAUCUGUUUAAAAUGGGAGUGAAAACUGAGUUGCCGGUCACUGAGUAGAGGAAGUCAUAGCACAAAGCUCAAAACACAGCUUUGCUUUCAUUUGAACACAUGAAAUGCCCUUCUACUCCAGGCAGACUAACAUUUGACUGUUCUUAAUGUGCAAAUGACUUAGUCUUUAAAGACACUUUUAUUAAGGACAAAUCAGGCAAAAUGUAAGGCACCUGGUCUCAGGACCAGGCCAGAUGACCACUGUUAAAGAGUCUGUCAACCUUGAUUAAUACCUGAGUGCGAGGCAGGCACUCUAAGGUGUUAUACAUUUUUAGUUGAAAAACAGUAAAAAAUGGCCACACCACAGGAAAUACUUUAGUACUAGUGCCUUUUGCCUCAUGAAGCUGAUGUCCCUCCCUGGGGUUAAAGAAUAUAAAUAUGAGGUGUUUCAGUUACAAAAGCUACAGAAACCUUAUGGUUUAUUUAAUACAGCAUCAGCUUAGUAAGGAAACUUACUAAAUAUGUUUUCAGGUGGUGCUAAAAAAUCAGUCCUUCUGUAAGUAUAUGAUAACCUGCAGGAGUUUGUUUCCCUUUGCUUCACACAAGCAUCUUAGGAUAUUAAUGACUAAUACAGGUACAUUACCAGUAUCCUGUAGGAUUUGUGUUUGGUGGUUAGGAAUAUACAGACUCCAGGAAGUGGGUUCCCACAACUGGGAUGAAUAAAACCUUUCCUAGAAAUCAUUAGCAUUUUCUUUACAGGGACCCUGGAUAACUGUUUAGAAUGUUUUUAGCUUUUCUGUGGGGUGAUAACAAGGUGGUGGACAUUCCUUUGCUCUUCCUGGAGAUGGUGUGGAUUCUCUCACAAGAUUUCAAUGUCCCAUUUCUGUGUUUCUUCUCCCUCCAGGGGCUGAUUUAUAAUGACAUGAGUCUUGUCACAAUAGUUUCCUCCUAAAAUAAUCACAAAAAGAAAAGAUUUGUUCACACAGGUGCCUAUCAAUUGCAUAAUUUCUACAACCUUUUGUUCAGCCCACUUUUUAAGUAGAUUAGUGUUAUUUACAAAACUGUUUGAAAUGGGAAACUGAGUGUGAACAGGUGUAGCCACUGUUCACUCAAAUUGGACCUUAUUAUGACUCAAACUGAAAAAUGAAGAAGUAUAAUGCGUGAUUGUGGAUGCACAGUGUCCAGACAAUGCCCUGCUUGAGCACAGUGCCAGAGUAAACUCUGGCUGAGCGUCAGGCACUCUGUUUUUGUUUCUACAUUAACAGUGGCUGUGACUAACCAACCCAAUUAAAGCAAAAGCCAUAAAUAAUAUUGGCCCUGACCUUGCUGAAUUAAAAAACAAGGUUAAUUGAUACCUGCCAUAAAUCGUAUCUGAGAGCUUUUAAGGAUCAUGGCAAUUCAGAGCAAAUACCUACAGGUGUUUCUCAGAACCAGAUGGCAUUCUUCAUUUUAUGAAUUAUGAUGUUUCAAAUUUAGAACUGUAUUCAUGAAAACUAAGGUUGCAAAUGAAAGUUUUACAACAGUUCUAAUAAAAAGUUCCUUCGA